UGGAGCUCAUAGAGAGCCUCUCAAUUCCUGCCGAUACAGAAUGCCUUUAAGAUCCUGCCUUUUCCCAUCCUAAUCUACAGAGGAAACAGGAAAAAGGAACUUAAAACUCCCUUUGCUCACUCAGACAGCCACAAAGUUUGUUCUAGCCCACUCCAGCCUUACAAUUAGCUUGUCUUUCUCUGGGUGAGCAAGCAUUGCUCUACAAUGCAAGCAAAGAGCAACGACUAAGGGUUCCCCUACCACAGAAAGGACGUCUAUUAUUCUAUGAACUGCAGUGUGAACUGGAUGGAUAUACUUGGCAAAGCAGGGACCUUUUUAGCACUUCUGGUUUUCUGUGGAUUUAGCUUCAUGCUUCCAGGUAAUGUGGAAGCAGCAUUUGACUUGAUACUGAUCAAUUCACUUCCCACUGUGGCUGAUUCGGAGACAUCACUGAUCUGCAUCACAUCUAGAUGGCGUUCUCGAGACUCUGUCACCAUUGGGAGAGACUAUGAGGCCUUGAUGAGUCAGCAUCGAUACCCUCUGGCAGUGGCUGAAGACGAGACAAGAGGUGCAGCAAAGAAGGUGGUAUGGCCAAGGGAAAAGUCUGGUGAGAGCAUUGGAGCCUAUUACUGUGAAGGAAAAUUCAAAGAUAAAGUGAUGAGGGUACAUACGAUGAAGAUGCAACAAACAGCUACCUUUCUUCCUGUGACCUUAACUAUUACCGCAAACCAUGGAGAACUUGUCAACAUUCCCUUCAUCAGAAAGGUUGUUAAGGAAGAAGAUGCAGUUAUCUACAAAAAUGGUACUUUCAUAUAUUCUGUCCUCAGGCAGGAAGUUCCAGAAGUGCUCUUAGUUCCCCUUCCCAUGGUCCAGAGCCACGAUUCAGCUGUGUACUCUGCCAGAUAUAUCGGAGGAAGCCACUUCACCUCAGCCUAUACUAGGCUGAUAGUACGAAGGUGUGCAUCUCAGAAAUGGGGACCUGACUGUAGCUCUCACUGUCCAGAGUGCAAAAACAAUGGCAUCUGUCAUGAAGAUACUGGGGAGUGCAUUUGUCCACCUGGCUUUAUGGGGAAAACUUGUGAAAAGGCUUGUGGAGAAAGCAAAUUUGGCAGGGCUUGCCAAGAGAGCUGUAAGGAAAAUUCAAGCUGCAAAUAUUUUAUGUUUUGCCUGCCCGACCCCUACGGUUGUUCAUGUGCCUCAGGAUGGAACGGACUCCAGUGUGAUGAAGGUUGUACGCCUGGUUUUUAUGGGCCCAAUUGCAAACUGAAGUGUAAUGGCUGCAGUAACCGGGGAAUGUGUAACAGCUUUAAAGGCUGCAUCUGCCACUCUGGUUGGCAUGGUCUGGAAUGUGAAAAAGAAGGUGCAGCAGAUGAAUCACCCCAGAUAAAAAACGUCCCUGAUGCAAUAGAACUCAAUUCUGGUUCAGAGUUUAAAUCUAGUUGCAUAGCUACUGGCAAACCACUUCCUACAAAAGAAGAAAUUAAACUGAUAAAAAAAGAUGGGACAGUCCUUAAGCCUAACAGCGUGGUAAUCAAUCAGUCAGAAGCUGCAGAAGCUACAUUUCACAUUGAAAAAGUCCAGCCUUCUGAUUCUGGAAUGUGGGUCUACAUUGUUGAGACAGUAGCAGGCAUGGUAGAAGAGCCUUUCCAAGUCACAGUUAAAGUUCUUCCUGCACCUCUAAAAGCUCCAACGCUAGUAGAGGGAGGACAUAAUUUUCUCAUUAUUGAUACAAAUGCUGAUUCGUAUACUGGGGAUGGGCCGAUUGUAUCAACCAAGCUUCUCUACAAACAUGCCAAAUUGCAGUGGAAGUCACUGGAAGUAACUGGAAGGAUCUGGAAUUUAAGCAAUCUGGAACCAAAAACGGAAUAUUCUUUCUGUGUCCGGCUGUCUCGCAGAGGAGAGGGGGGAGUAGGACAUCCGGGACCCUCGGCCAGCUUCACUACAGCUGCUGUUGGCCUCCCUCCACCAAGAGGCCUCACCCUUGUUCCUAAAAGCGCAACAGCUCUGAACUUGUCAUGGCAGCCACUGGGCCAGGACUUGGAAGAUGACAUCCACAUUGAAGUAGAAAGGAAGAGUGCAGAUGAUAAGAAUGGAGAGGUUACCACUGUCAUUCAGCUGCCAGGAAAUGAGUCAACUCUGGUCAUUGAUAAUUUAGAGCCCAGACAUCAGUACAAGUGCCGAGUCCGUGUGAAUAGCAAGUCUGAAGGAGAAUGGAGUGACUAUCUGUACGCAUGGACCUUCAGUGAUCAACUUCCUCCUGCACCUGAUAACUUCACGAUUAUAAACAUUACCGACUCUUCUGCUAUCAUCUCUUGGUCAACUGCUGUAGGACAUUCCAUCUCCUCCAUCAUCCUCAGCUAUAAAACUCAUGGCAAGACGGAGCACAACCAUAUUGAUGUCACCAUAAAAAACACCACCAUUACCCAGUACCAUCUCAAGGGUCUUGAGCCAAACACUGAAUAUCUGGUUCAGAUAAGAGCCCAGAACAAUAUGGGAUCAAGCAAUAUCAUUUCAAAUACAUUGAAAACCCUCCCAGAAACCAAAGUUCCCACAGUUCCGUUCGAGGCAAAGGGAGGGAGAAUGUUGCUGAUUGCUAUCCUUGGCUCAGCAGGGAUGACUUGCCUGACAAUACUACUGGCCUUUUUUAUUAUGCUGCAGUUGAAGCGUGCAAAUUUCCAGCGACGAAUGGCCCAAGCCUUCCAAAAUGUGGUGAGAGAUGAGCCAGCUGUACAGUUCAAUUCAGGAACUCUUACCCUGAGCCGGAAAGCUAAGAAUAGUCCAGAAUCCACCAUCUACCCAGUUCUGGAGUGGAAUGACAUCAAGUUUCAGGAUGUUAUUGGAGAAGGCAACUUCGGCCAAGUUCUUAAAGCACGCAUUAAGAAGGAUGGGUUGCGAAUGGAUGCAGCCAUUAAAAGGAUGAAAGAAUAUGCAUCCAAGGAUGAUCAUAGAGAUUUUGCUGGAGAACUGGAAGUACUUUGUAAACUUGGGCACCAUCCAAACAUCAUAAACCUUUUGGGAGCAUGUGAACACAGAGGUUACCUCUACCUCGCUAUUGAAUAUGCUCCUCAUGGUAACUUGCUGGACUUUUUGCGGAAGAGCCGGGUCCUUGAGACUGACCCUGCGUUUGCCAUUGCCAACAGUACGGCCUCCACACUCUCCUCCCAGCAGCUACUGCACUUUGCAGCUGAUGUGGCUAGAGGAAUGGACUACCUGAGCCAAAAACAGUUUAUCCACCGGGACCUGGCGGCAAGAAACAUCUUGGUUGGAGAAAACUAUGUUGCAAAAAUAGCAGAUUUUGGAUUGUCUAGAGGCCAAGAGGUUUAUGUUAAAAAGACAAUGGGAAGGCUUCCAGUGCGAUGGAUGGCAAUAGAGUCCCUAAACUACAGCGUGUAUACAACCAACAGUGACGUGUGGUCAUAUGGUGUGCUAUUAUGGGAAAUAGUUAGUUUAGGUGGAACACCAUACUGUGGGAUGACUUGUGCAGAACUGUAUGAGAAAUUGCCCCAAGGGUACAGACUGGAGAAGCCUCUCAAUUGUGAUGAUGAGGUUUAUGACCUCAUGAGACAAUGCUGGAGAGAAAAACCUUAUGAGAGGCCAUCAUUUGCCCAAAUACUCGUAUCAUUGAACAGGAUGUUGGAAGAAAGAAAGACUUAUGUGAAUACAACCCUCUAUGAGAAGUUUACCUAUGCAGGCAUUGACUGUUCUGCUGAAGAAGCUGCUUAAGAUGGAAGAUCUUCAGUUAUUUAUCAAUUUAAGCAACCUUGGGGCGGGGGGACACAAAAUGUGUUGUGAUGUAUAAAACUGCGUAUAGCUUUCUGUGCAAUACCUGUUUAGCUAAACACAUACCUUAUGAGUGAGUUCUGCAUCAGUACGUUGCAGAAAUAUGUACGUGUGUGUGUACAUAUAUGUGUGUGUUUAUGUGUAUUGUGGGUGCGUGCACAAUAUCUAUCUAUAUAUAUAAAUUUCUCCAUCUGCCUAUGCACACUCACAGACAUACACUACUUGGAAUGAGAAAAAUGGCUGAGAUAAAUACAUUUUACAUUUCAUAGACAACUGUGUGUUAUUUUUUCUAUGAAGUUGGGAUUUAUUGUAAGCAAUGUAGACAUACUUCUGCUACACUGGACAUCUACCCUGUUCCAGAUCAAUCCUGUGAGCCACUGCAGAGGUAAAGCAAAAGGCAGAAAAGAUGUGGCCCAAGAGACGUUGGGCUAGAGCAGAAAAUCCAGCCGCUGCCUCUCUUGAUGAUAAAAAAAUAUAAACAUAGGCUGCAAUCCCAUACUCACUCGGGAGUAAGCCCUAUUGAACUCAGUGGGGCUUAUUUCUAGGUAGAAUUGGGGAGGGUGUCAUGGAAAUGUGCAAAUACUGCCUCAUACUGAGUCAGACCAUCAAUUUGCCUAGUUCAGUAUAGUCUAUGCUGACAGGCAGUAGUUCCUCAGGAUUUGAGACAGGAGUCUUUCAGAGCCCUACCUGGAAAUAGUGGAGACUGAACAUGUGGCCUUCUACGUACAAAGCAUCUCCCCUACCACUGAGUGACACCGCUUUGGGAGUGAGGGAAGAGUAAGCAUUGUUUCAGGGGGAAGGUAAGGUUCUGCUUUUCAGCCUUAUCAAGUGUAGCAAAGAAACACCUUAUUAUACCUUCCCUUGUCAAUCGUGAUGGUGAGGAAUGAUGUACCAGUUGUACCUGGUCAGCAGAAAGGACACGAAAGAUUGGGUAGGGGGCGAGUUUUCAUAGGAAGCUGCCUUCUACAGAAUCAGACCAUCAAUUUAUCUAGCCCAGUAUUGGCCAUAGUGGCUGGCAACUGUUCUCCUGGGUUUUAGGGAGGAGUCUUCCCAGCCCUACCUGGACAUGCCAGGGAUGUCACCUUCUCAGAAACAAUAUCACCACGCAAAACUAUUCUGUGGAGGAGUCUGCCUAUUCUGGGAUUUCUUGUUUUUUGGACUCUUUGAUGGACAGAGCCACACCACCUCCAGUAUGCCCUCCCCUCUCCUCCCUAUAGAGUUUGUAUCCAGAGAUAAGCAUGUCUCACUGGUUCUCAAAGACAGAUAAGGACAACAAAUGUAAAUAAAUCUUACUUAACAAACUAAGCAAAAAAUGAAGAGGAUAAGAAAGUAUGAGAUUGCCUAAGUAACUAAGACUAAGACACGCUCAAGAAGCUUUUUUUAAAAUAAGGAUCAAACUGGGAUAGAUUGGGAAAGGAUGGGAAAUGAACAGGUAUGGGCCUGGGUAGGGUAUUUGGAAGAAAACAGAACACAAGCUGAACAAAUGCCACUAAACCCUUUCCAAGAGACAGAACUUACAAAAGAGUGGAGAUAGUGUAAGCUUGCUGCAUUUUAAGACUUCACCAUCCCUUCUCCCAACCUACUAUUGAAGGAUGUCCAGCUCCCUUCCUUCCUUCCUCUUUACC